AUGUCAGCAGCGUUCAAAAGGUUUCUCAGCGCGAACGAUAUGGUGCGACCUGUCGAAAAGGUCUCUGGUAGCCAGCAAUUGGCUCUUCUCGCUACAGGCGCCAUCUGGACCAGAUGGUCGUUUGUUAUUCGCCCUCAAAAUAUGUUACUUGCGUCGGUCAAUUUUUUGCUAGGAACCGUUGCCGGGCUCCAAAUAAUUAGAAUUUACAACUGGAGAAGAUCUUUAGGAGACUCGCCAAGCGAAACUUUCAAAUACAUCCUCAAUGGAACACCCACGCCUCCUGAGCAGAUCAGUGCCAAACUGCCUGCUCCUGUCGAAUCCUGA